UAAUAAUUAACAGCUCCUUAGGCUUGAUGACCUUGCGCGCGGAGGAGGACUGCCUGCCGGGAGCAGAGCCCCGGCGGUGCUCAGGUAGGCCCUGCGCGCCCCUCCUCCUGCUCUUGGCACGGACCUUCGGGACAGGUGAGCGAGCGCUGACUUUCCUACAGUUUGUGACCAGCCAGGGGAGCACACUCUCCGAGCAACUUCAGCCUGAAAACUAAGGGUAUCCUUAGAUGAAUCCAAAGAGGGGGAAAAGAUGACUAUGAUGGCCCACCAGUGCUCUUCUUGGAUCUUCGUCAAUGAGAGGACAUUCCUUACCGGGGAGCAACUUAAUUCUUUAUUGAAGACCUAUAACAUUUUUUAUAAGAACCAGAAAAAUCUGCAUAUUUCCUAUGGUCAGACUGAAGAUGAUAAACUAAUUGUUGAAGGAAUGUUGGACAUUUGCUGGGGAGUAAAACGGCCAAUACAGCUGAAAAUACAAGAUGAGAAGCAAAUCCCUUCUUUUACUAUGAAGUCACCAGAUGUCUGUUCCAAAAUGGGAAUGACACGCUGGGGAGAAUUUGACGACCUUCAUAAUAUUAGUGAACUGGACAGGAACCAGAUUCCAGUGUCUGAAGCAAUGAAUCCCCAGGAAGAUUAUUUAUUUUAUCACAGCAGCACUCUGAAGCCUCAUGCAGAUGAAGAGCCAAAAUCUCCAUUGCUCUAUAGGACCAUGAGUGAAGCAGCCCUGGUGAGAAAAAGGACGAAGCCUCCAAUGAUGGACCGAAAAGACAGACAGAGACAUAGAGCUUCUAUUAAUGGACACUUCUAUAACCAUGAAAUUGAAAACAGUGCCCAGGACUUUGCACUUUACAUUAUUUUUGCAACAGGAGAAAGGAGGCGGCUAAAGAAGACAGACAUUCCACUACUGCAUAGGCUCCUACAGGGACCUUCCAAAGAGAAUGCUCGCAUUUUCCUCAUGGAUAAAGAUACAGAAGAGAUUAGCAGUGAUGUGGCUCAGUACAUUAACUUUCAUCUUUCUCUCCUGGAAUCUAUCCUUCAAAGAUUACAUGAAGAAGAAAAAAGAGAGAUUCAAAGAAUAAUGACAAAAUUCAAUACAGAAAAGGCUAUUAUACUGAAAUGUCUUCAAAGGAAACAGGUAGUAAAAACAGAGACGACAGUUUAGUAGUACAGGCCCUUCUUGCCAAAACUCCAGCAAAAUCAGAGAGAUGUUACUAUUUGAUGAGUGCACAUUUCCUGUACUUCCAUUCAUACAAAUAUAUAUAAACUUGAAUGUGUAGGAAAUUGAAUAUUGAAAAAGAUUGUCUCUCUUUGAGAUGAUCAGGUUCACUAGGGUUCACAGUUGGACUGAAAUGAGCUUGAAUUUAGUUUCAGUAACUGAAGUAAGCUUGGAUACUGUGUAUUCCAAAUAGCCUUUAUAGUAAAACACUCAAUGUACUGGAAUUUAAAUGGUGCCUUCAAUAUGAUACAGUUUAAACAUCUUUUAGCCUGAACUGUCAAGAGAACUGGAAUAUCAACAACCAACUCUCAGAAAUGAUUCAGAAGUAAAAGCUGCCAGCUCUUGAAAUAAAACAGAAUCAUAUUCUUACCCCACCAAGAAAUCUGAUGGUAACACUGUCUUACAGCUCUUUGAAAAUUCUAGUAUUUUCACAAAAUCUAGAACUGCCUUUGUGUAGAUAGGUGACUUUUGGUGAUAUAUGUAACAUCAGAACGCUUGGUCCGUUGGGAAGGAAAAGCUUGUGGACUCUGUUAAGAAAUCCAAACUGUAAUUUUCUCAACCUGAUCACCUACCCUUUUUUUUUUUUUUUUUGCUGUUUUACUGAGGACUUUUAAAAAUAUUCUUAAAGAUCUUUUUAGGUCAGUUAAAAUAGUUUUCUUUAUUUUUCCAAACAUAGAUACCACAGAGACUUCACAUAUUUAAUCAGCUAUUAAGCCAAGACUUGGCCUGUAAUAACCAUUGUUAGUGAAUGAAUACAAAAGACAAUGCAAAUCUGUAGCAGAAGAAGCUAGGCAAGGAUUCUAGAGUGCUGCUCUUUUUCCUCAAGACAUCUUACUCUAUAAAAACAAUGCUCAAGGUAUUUACACAUUGCUAAACCAAUUUGGAAAAAAACACUGAGAAUGCCACAAGUCUUAACUAUGAUUCUACUUAUGAACUCUGUAUUAAACAGUUGUAUGCAGCUUUCUUCCAUUCUGUAAACUACUUCUAUUUGAUUUCUCAUACACGUUGUGUUAAACUGUUUGAAUACAUUACAUGUACUAUGGAAUACAGUUGUCUGUACUAAACCCAGUUCGUUUAUGAAACAUUUUCAAGACAAAAGUAUUACUUCUCACUGUCACCAAAACCUAAUGUGGAUGAGAGGAAAAAUAUGCUACGACCUUUUCAGUCAUAGUAAGUUUUUUUUCAUUGCAUAAAACUUUAUCCUUUCACCUAUCAAUUAAUAAUAGAAAAAUGUAACAGUUAAAAUUCAGUGUACCUAAAAAAACUUAAAGUAGCAUCAUGUACCUGCCAUAAACAUGACAAAAUAUUUCUCUUUAAUAUAUUGAAAGUCUACAGAAUGCAUAAGAGAAAUACCAAGUGUUGGAUAGGGAAAAAAAAGGCAGUUUACAUGAAAAGUUAAAUCACAGAAGGAGAAAUACAGAUGGCUACUAAGUGUACGAAAAAAGUUGCAUCUUAAUAGUGAUCAACUGUAUUGGUCUGUGUCAAAUCAGGAGACAGAAGCCACACAGUAAUUUAAACAGGGGGUAUUUAGUAUAUAGAAUUAUUAACUUAUGAUAGGAGUAUAACCAAAAGAUGGAAAGAGAACCCUAAAGGCCAGCCUAAUGCUGAGGAAGAGGCUCCAAAAAGGAAAACCUUGGUAUGAAGGGUUCAGGAUUCACAGAAGAAGGUGUGGUUGCAACCCACUGGGUAAAGGAGUCGGCUGGUUGCCCAUGCCAGAGCAGGGCCACGGCCAUAGGGCAAGCAGGAACAACCUCUGGGAGGCAGGGGUGCAGAGAGCCUUGGGACUUCGCUGCAGGUGCAAGGCUCAGAUCACAUAGGGUCUGUGUCUGAAGAUCCCCAGGAAAUAGGUUGGAGGAACAGGCAAGCCCAGGCUCCAGGGUAGGCACAGAGAAAGAGGGGUGCUAUUAGGACUGAGAACUGGAGGAGCCUCCUCUGAAGGAACCUAGUACAACUCUGUGUAUGUUUUCAUUCUGUGGCAUCUUUUAGGCAGCAUGGGACAAAGGUCAGGCAAGACGUGGCUCAUCAGAUGGCCAGCCCCACAGGAACAUGCACCAAGUGGAGGAGAAGGUGCAGAGAGCAAUGAUUUGAG